GUAAUAUAAUAGGAUGCCUAUCAAUACUUUUAACCCAGAGAUACUGCACAAAGGAAGAUUAGAAUUCAAGGAAAUUUUCUAGUUUCCUUAAGUGUGAUAUUGUACAGUUAAAUCCACAGACACGGAGGGCUGAGUAAAACUGGGGUUCUUAACCCAGGUUUAGGAAUCACCUAGGGGAGUGUCUCUGAAGCUCAGAAAUUGCAGGCAAUGUUUUUGUGAAGGCAUCCAUACCUUUCAUCAACUUUUCAAAGGGUUCAUGCCCCACAGGGUUAAAGUGUACUGGCAAAGAAAGAAAAUCAGCAGCCCCUCUCUCUCCCCCAAGCUUGGAGGCAGGUACCUCUCAUUUGGGGAUCCGUAAAACUAGCAGGAAAGUCAGCUAGAUCAUAGAAGGAGGUUCAGGCUCGUACUGACAUGCCCUGGAGAAGAUGUGAACGCCAGGAGGGUCCUGUCACAAUAGUCCUGCUUCUCAGCUGGGCUGCUGUCCUAAGGAGGAGGUACCUUGCCAGGUAGGCCCCAGCAUCCUUCCCGCUACUCACUGCGCAGGGGCCAGGAGAGCUGGGCAGCUUCGCGCCUCCAGCUAGGCCGGCUCCUGAGGCCCCGCCCCGCGAGGUCCUGCUCCCGCUUGGCCCAGCGCAAAGCACGACGGGAAGCCAAGAUGGCCGCCUCCGUUUGAACUCCAUUCCAGAGCUUCUCGCCUCACGCCUGCCUCACUCCCGCCUGUCCUCAGGUGCUGCUCGCUCUUCCUCUGGAGUAGCGAAGGAGAGGGAAUGAAAAGCUGCAGCGGCAGAGGAGUCCCCGUGACCGACUCUGCUGCUGCCCUCGGGGAGCAGCCGGGGCUCGCCGCGCCUGACGCGUCCUGAGUUACUCAGAAAUAAUGUUGAUAUUUGGAACCCAUGUCGAACUUGUAUGAAGACAGGGCAACAAUGAUUGCAGCUGGGGAUUUGCAGGAAUUUGCUCCUUUCGGUCGAGACCACUGCAGGCACCACCCUAACGCUCUGAACCUUCAGCUUCGCCAGCUGCAGCCAGCCUCUGAGUUCCGGUCUUCUGAUGGUGCUGCUGGCUUGGUGGGAUCUCUUCAGGAGGUUACAAUCCACGAGAAACACAAGGAAAGCUGGCAGUUAAGGAAAGGCAUAAGUGAAAUCGGAGAAGAAGUGGAUUAUGAUGAGGAACUCUAUGUGGCUGGAAAUAUGGUGAUUUGGAGCAAAGGAAGUAAAAGCCAGGCACUGGCCGUUUAUAAAGCGUUUACAGUUGACAGUCCUGUUCAACAGGCAUUGUGGUGUGACUUCAUUGUAUCACAGGACAAGUCUGAAAAAGCCUACAGUAGUGAUGAAGUAGAGAAAUGCAUAUGUAUAUUGCAGAGCUCGUGUAUUAACAUACACAGCAUAGAAGGAAAGGAUUACAUAGCUUCUUUACCUUUUCAGGUUGCAAAUGUUUGGCCCACCAAAUAUGGAUUGUUGUUUGAACGAAGCAGCUCUUCACAUGAGGUACCUCCAGGUCCACCCAGAGAACCUUUACCCACCAUGUUCAGCAUGCUGCAUCCACUAGAUGAAAUAACCCCACUCGUGUGUAAAUCUGGAAGUCUUUUUGGUUCAUCACGGGUGCAGUACGUUGUAGAUCAUACCAUGAAAAUAGUGUUCCUCAGCACUGAGCCCUCCAUUGUGAUGACGUACGACAGUGUUCAGAGCCUGCACUCUGUGUGGGUUCUUCGGAGAGUCAGAGCAGAGGAAGAGAAUGUUGUUUUAAAGUUCUCUGAACAGGGGGGAACCCCCCAGAAUGUGCCCACGAGUAGCUCCCUCACAGCACACCUCCGAAGCCUCUCCAAAGGAGACUCCCCCGUGGGCUCACCUUUCCAGAAUUACUCCUCCGUCCACAGUCAGAGUCGCUCUACUUCCUCACCCAGUCUGCACUCUCGUUCUCCUUCCAUCUCCAACAUGGCGGCUCUCAGCCGUGCUCACUCCCCCGCCUUAGGAGCGCACUCUUUUUCAGGGGUGCAGAGGUUCAACCUUUCAAGCCACAGUCAGUCUCCAAGGAGACACAGUGUUUCCCAGUCUCCAAGCAGUAAUUCGAACAGCUCUUUCCUCGUGCCAGAAACAGAACCGAUUGUUCCCGAACUGUGUAUUGACCAUUUAUGGACAGAAGCGAUUACCAGCAUGAGAGAGAAAAAUUCACAGGCUUCAAAAGUGUUUAUUACAUCUGAUCUAUGUGGGCAAAAGUUUUUGUGCUUUUUGGUAGAGUCCCAGCUCCAGUUACGCUGUGUCAAGUUUCAAGAGAGCAAUGAUAAGACCCAGCUCAUCUUUGGCUCCAUCACCAACAUACAGGCAAAGGAUGCAGCGCCAGUGGAGAAGAUAGAUGCCAUGCUGGUCCUGGAAAGCAGUGGAAGCCUGGUGCUGUACACAGGGGUGGUUCGAGUUGGAAAGGUUUUUAUUCCAGGACUGCUACCUCCUUCCCUGACAAUGUCCAACGCGAUGCCUCGGCCCAGCACUCCACUGGAUAGCGUCAGCACUCCGAAGCCCCUGCGUAAGCUGCUUGGGUCCUUGGAUGAGGAGCUGAGUAAUGGCUCCAUGGUCCGGAUCACUCUUCCUGAAAUUGCCACCUCAGAAUUAGUGCAAACAUGUUUGCGAGCGAUUAAGUUUAUCCUGCCAAAAGAAGUAGCUGUUCAGAUGCUUGUCAAGUGGUACAGUGUCCGCAGUGCUCCGGGUGGGCCCAGCUAUCACUCAGAGUGGAAUUUAUUUGUGAUCUGUCUCAUGAACUUGAUGGGCUAUAACACAGACCGCUUAGCGUGGACAAGAAAUUUUGACUUUGAAGGAUCACUUUCCCCAGUCAUUGCACCCAAAAAGGCAAGGCCUUCUGAGACGGGAUCUGAUGAGGACUGGGAGUAUCUCCUGAACUCAGACUAUCACCAGGAUGUGGAGUCUCACCUUUUGAAUAGAUCCUUAUGUCUGAAUCCUUUGGAAGCUCCUCAGAUGAAGGAUGAGGACUUGUCACAGAGUCUCAGCCUGGAUUCUUCCACGCUUCUCUUCUGUCACAUACCGGCGAUGUUUUUUGUCCUUCACCUUGUCUAUGAGGAGCUCAAGCUGAAUACUCUGAUGGCAGGAGGAAUUCGUUCACUUGCUGACCUGCUCGUUCAGUUGGCAAGGGACUUAAGAUUGGAGCCUUACUUGGAUCAUUACUAUAGAGAUUACCCAACGCUUGUCAGAGCCUCUGGACAAGUGUGCACAAUCGAUCCAGGUCAUACUGGAUUCAUGCAUCAGCCGUCAUUUUUCACUUCCGAGCCCCCGAGCAUUUACCAAUGGGUGAGCGCCUGUUUGAGGGGCGAGGGAAUGCCACCCUACCCUUACCUCCCUGGCGUCUGUGAACGAAGCCGGCUUGCUGUCUUGAGUAUCGCACUCUACAUUCUUGGUGAUGAAAGCUCUGUUUCUGAUGAAUGCUCCCAGUAUUUAUCCAGAAUAACUCCAGCACCCCAAAAGUCACAAGCAGAACAAGAGGAAAACAGGUUUAGUUUCAGGCAUUCUGCAUCAGUUUCUAAUCUAGCUGAAAGAUUAGUUGUCUGGAUGACGAAUGUAGGUUUCACUUUAAGAGACUUGGAAACUCUUCCCUUUGGAAUUGCUCUUCCCAUUAGAGAUGCAAUUUAUCACUGUCGCGAGCAGCCUGCUUCCGACUGGCCAGAGGCUGUCUGUCUCUUGAUCGGACGUCAGGACCUUUCCAAACAGGCCUGUGAAGGAAACUUACCCAAAGGGAAAUCUUCUGUUACUCAGGUGCUCUCAUCAGAUGUUCCUUCAGGAACAGAGACUGAGGAGGAGGAUGAUGGCAUGAAUGACAUGAACCAGGAGGUCAUGUCACUUAUAUGGAGCGAGGACCUGCGGGUGCAGGACGUGCGGCGUCUUCUGCAGAGCGCGCACCCCGUCCGCGUCAACGUGGCACAGUACCCAGAGCUCAGCGACCAUGAGUUCAUCGAGGAGAAGGAGAACAGAUUGCUGCAGCUGUGCCAGAGAACUAUGGCCCUUCCGGUGGGACGAGGGAUGUUCACCUUGUUUUCAUACCAUCCUGUUCCAACGGAGCCGUUGCCUGUUCCCAAGUUGAACUUGACUGGGCGUGCCCCUCCCCGGAACACAACAGUGGACCUCAACACUGGGAACAUCGACGUGCCUCCCAACAUGACCAGCUGGGCCAGCUUCCACAACGGCGUGGCUGCCGGCCUGAAGAUAGCACCCGCCUCGCAGAUCGACUCGGCCUGGAUCGCGUACAAUAAACCCAAGCACGCCGAGUUGGCCAAUGAGUACGCGGGCUUCCUCAUGGCCCUGGGCCUGAACGGACACCUCACCAAGCUGGCCACGCUCAACAUCCAUGAUUACUUGACCAAGGGUCAUGAAAUGACGAGCAUUGGACUGCUGCUUGGCGUGUCUGCUGCGAAGCUGGGCACCAUGGACAUGUCAGUCACUCGGCUGCUCAGCAUCCAUGUCCCUGCGCUCUUACCCCCAACAUCUACGGAGCUGGAUGUCCCUCACAAUGUCCAGGUGGCUGCAGUGGUGGGCAUCGGCCUUGUGUACCAGGGGACAGCCCACAGGCACACUGCAGAGGUGCUGCUGGCUGAGAUAGGGCGGCCCCCGGGCCCGGAGAUGGAGUACUGCACCGACAGGGAGUCCUACUCUUUGGCGGCUGGCUUGGCCCUGGGCAUGGUCUGUUUGGGGCAUGGCAGCAAUUUGAUAGGCAUGUGUGACCUGAACGUGCCCGAGCAGCUCUAUCAGUACAUGGUCGGAGGCCACCGGCGCUUCCCAGCAGGAACGCACAGGGAGAAGCAUAAGUCUCCAAGUUACCAGAUCAAAGAAGGAGAUACCAUAAACGUGGAUGUGACGUGUCCAGGUGCCACUUUGGCUUUGGCUAUGAUCUACUUAAAAACCAACAACAGGUCUAUUGCUGACUGGCUGCGCGCACCCGACACCAUGUACUUGCUGGACUUUGUGAAACCAGAGUUCCUCCUGCUUAGGACACUUGCUCGGUGCCUGAUUUUGUGGGACGAUAUUUUACCAAAUUCCAAGUGGGUUGACAGCAACGUCCCUCAGAUUAUACGAGAAAAUAGUAUCUCUCUCAGUGAAAUUGAAUUGCCUUGCUCAGAGGACUUGAAUCUGGAAACUCUGUCGCAAGCACAUGUCUACAUAAUUGCAGGAGCCUGUCUGUCUCUGGGUUUUCGAUUUGCUGGCUCAGAAAACUUAUCAGCAUUUAACUGUUUGCAUAAAUUUGCAAAAGAUUUUAUGACUUAUUUGUCUGCACCUAAUGCUUCUGUGACAGGCCCUCACAACCUGGAGACGUGCCUGAGUGUGGUGCUGCUGUCCCUGGCCAUGGUCAUGGCCGGCUCGGGGAACCUGAAGGUACUGCAGCUGUGUCGCUUCUUACACAUGAAAACAGGCGGUGAAAUGAACUAUGGUUUCCACUUAGCCCAUCACAUGGCCCUCGGACUUCUAUUUCUGGGAGGAGGAAGGUACUCUCUGAGCACCUCCAACCCCUCCAUCGCCGCCCUGCUGUGCGCCCUCUACCCACACUUCCCCUCUCACAGCACUGACAACAGGUAUCAUCUCCAGGCCCUGAGGCACCUGUACGUACUGGCUGCAGAGCCACGGCUGCUGGUUCCUGUGGACGUGGAUACCAACACACCCUGCUACACCCUCUUGGAAGUCACCUAUAAGGGCACUCAGUGGUACGAGCAGACCAGAGAGGAGCUGAUGGCCCCCACCCUGCUUCCGGAGCUGCACCUUUUAAAGCAGAUUAAAGUUAAAGGCCCACGAUACUGGGAACUGCUCAUAGAUUUAAGCAAGGGAACACAGCACUUGAAGUCAAUCCUUUCCAAGGAUGGGGUUUUAUAUGUGAAGCUCAGAGCAGGCCAGCUCUCCUACAAGGAAGACCCAAUGGGAUGGCAGAGUCUGUUGGCCCAGACUGUAGCUAACAGGAACUCUGAAGCCCGGGCUUUCAAGCCUGAAACAAUUUCAGCAUUCACUUCUGACCUAGCACUUCUGUCGUUUGCUGAGUAUUUCUGCAAACCCACUGUGAGCAUGGGCCAGAAACAGGAAAUUCUGGAUCUCUUUUCUUCAGUACUCUACGAGUGUGUCACUCAGGAGACCCCAGAGAUGUUGCCUGUGUACGUGGCAAUGGACCAGGCGGUAAGAAGACUGGGGAGGGCAGAAAUGUCCGAGACGUCAGAACUCUGGCAGAUAAAGCUGGUCCUGGAGUUUUUCAGCUCCAGGAGUCACCAGGAGCGGCUGCAGAAGCACCCGAGGCGAGGGCUGUUCAUGAGCUCUGAGUUCCUGCCCGUGGUGAAGUGUGCCAUCGAUAACGCCCUGGACCGCUGGCUGCAAGCUGGGGGUGACGCGUGUGUGCACGCCUACCUCAGCGGGCAGCCCUGGGAUGAGUCUCAGCUGAGCAUGCUGGCCUGCUUCCUCGUGUAUCACUCAGUCCCCGCUCCGCGCCACCUGCCGCCGCUCGGACUGGAAGGGAGCACAAGCUUCGCUGAGCUCCUCUUCAGAGUGAAACAGCUGAAGAUGCCCGUGCGGGCCCUGCUGAGACUGGCUCCCUUGCUUCUGGGAAACCCACAGCCAAUGGUCAUGUAACCCUGCCUGCUGGGCAGCCUGCCCUGAAACGUGACGUCUGCCCAAACACGUGACCACACAGCAAAGCAAAAGAAACCUUU